UAAAUAAAUUCAUUAAGAAUUGAGUGGUAUGUAUGCUGUUGCCAAUUAAUUAAUCUACAUAUUUAUGAACCUCAAUGUUUUCCAUUUUCAGGUAAUGCUGAAGCUACCUUCGACUGAGCCGCUGCACGGGUUGGUGGAAGAAGCAGAGCAGGCGAUAGACUUCAGCCAGACCGACAUCCGUUUGCCGAUGCUGGUGUACAUAUCCCGCGAAAAGCGCCCCGGCUACGACCACAACAAGAAGGCCGGCGCAAUGAACGCCCUCGUCCGCGCCUCCGCCGUCAUGUCCAACGCCCCCUUCAUCCUCAACCUCGACUGCGACCACUACAUCUACAACUCCAACGCCGCCCGCGAGGGCAUGUGCUUCAUGAUGGACAGAGGCGGUGAGAACAUCUGCUACAUCCAGUUCCCCCAGCGCUUCGAGGGCAUCGACCCCUCCGACCGCUAUGCCAACAGCAACACUGUCUUCUUCGACGGCAACAUGCGCGCCCUGGACGGCCUUCAGGGCCCCGUCUAUGUCGGCACCGGCUGCCUCUUCCGUCGCUUCGCUCUCUACGGCUUCGAUCCUCCUUCUAUUACCGACUACUCCAGCAGAUGCGAUCGCGCCGACGACACCGAAAUGCUGCAGAAGCCUCUUACCGCUGCUGACUUCGACAAUUUUCUCGACCCCAACCUUCUCCCGAAGCGCUUCGGCAAUUCCGCCGCACUCGCCGAGUCCAUUCCCGUCGCCGAGUUCCAAGGCCGCCCCCUUGCCGACCACCCUGCCGUCAAGUACGGUCGGCCCCCCGGAGCCCUUGUUGUUCCUCGGCCUCCUCUCGAUCCGGCCAACGUCGCCGAGGCUGUUUCCGUCAUCUCCUGCUGGUACGAGGAUAAGACAGAGUGGGGAGACAGGGUGGGAUGGAUCUACGGAUCGGUGACAGAGGACGUGGUGACCGGAUACAAAAUGCAUAACCGAGGUUGGCACUCUGCAUACUGCAUCACCAAGCGCGACGCUUUUCGCGGCUCCGCUCCCAUUAACCUCACGGAUCGACUCCAUCAGGUCCUCCGCUGGGCCACCGGCUCCGUUGAGAUUUUCUUCUCCCGUAAUAAUGCCCUCCUCGCCACCCGCCGCCUCAUGUUUCUUCAGCGAGUAGCGUACCUCAACGUCGGAAUCUACCCCUUUACUUCCGCCUUCCUUCUCGUCUACUGCUUCCUCCCGGCACUCUCCCUCUUCUCAGGCCAGUUCAUUGUACAGACACUGAACGUUAGUUUCCUCAUCUACCUCCUGACAAUCUCAGUCACCCUCAUCGGCCUCGCCAUCCUUGAGGUCCGCUGGUCCGGUGUGGGCUUGGAGGAGUGGUGGCGUAACGAGCAGUUCUGGCUAAUCUCCGGCACUUCUGCACACCUCUACGCCGUCGUGCAGGGUUUGCUCAAGGUCAUGGCCGGCAUCGAGAUCUCCUUCACUUUAACCUCCAAGUCCGCCGCCGAAGACAACGAAGAUAUCUACGCUGACCUCUACAUCGUUAAGUGGACUUCCCUCAUGAUUCCGCCGAUUACCAUCAUGAUGGUGAAUCUCAUUGCCAUUGCCUUUGGCUUUGCGAAGACUAUUUACAGCGAGAUCCCGCAGUGGAGCAAGCUCAUGGGAGGGGCUUUCUUUAGCUUCUGGGUUCUAGCUCAUCUCUACCCAUUUGCUAAGGGGCUCAUGGGGAGGAGGGGGAAAACGCCCACCAUUGUUUUUGUGUGGUCGGGACUCAUUGCUAUCACCCUGUCCUUGCUCUGGGUUUCCAUUAGUCCGCCCAAGUCAUCAGGCACGUUGGCUGGUGCUGGAGGAUUCCAGUUUCCAUGAUUCAUCCUGUUUUUUUAGCUUAUUUUUGUCAUUAUUUUUUGGAAUGAUCGCAAGGAUGAAUGGGCUUGAUCGUUUACUAUCUUAUGUUAAUAUUCAUGAGGACGGUAGAGACAAUGAGAGGACUGGGGCAGGGAUAGAAAGGAAACGGGAUUGUUCAAUCAUUGAUAUGGUGUUGAAGGAGAGAUUGAAAUCUGAUAUUUUGCAAGUGAAACUGAAGAUGUAGAGGUAAACGAAAUUAGAGCGACCGACUAUGGACAAAGUAUGUGAGUUAUAUCUACGAAUAAUGCUAUGCUUUGCAAAAUGAAGCUCAUUGGCUAAAAAUUAUUUUGCUUUCUGUAUUAUGGUGCUUCUUGGAGCUCCCUCUUUUUAUAUUGCCAAAAGGGGGAAAAAAAAAGUGAGGAGCUCUCUAUGCGACUACUUUUGCGGAGAUUUGUAUGUCAUCUAGUUGAUUCAUUUAUUCAUUAUUUCAUAAUAUUGAAUAUUC